AUUUUUUUCUUUUGCUUUCACCUUUGAGUGGUUUGUUUAGUUGUUUACACUUGGAUUGCAAGUGAUAUUUUACUUUGAAGAACUCCACUGCAGAUCAAUGCCAGCUUAUUUUCCAAGAGUUUCAUUGGAAGUAAAGAGACUACUUAGAAGUUAAGUAAGAGAUGCAGAUUAUAGCCACCUAUAUAUUUUAAAAUCAAAAAACCAGAAAUAUUGUAAUUUGGUGGUUAUGCAUGAGGCAAAGCUAGUUGGUAAACAUGUUCAAGAUAUCAUGUGUUGUAUCAAUUGAGUAUAUGUCAGAACGAUCAUAUAACAUCAUGUAAAUUCACACUUUUAAGAGACUAGGAACUAUGUUUCAAAAAUAGUAAGAUAAUAUGCUUGGUAAGGAGGUUAGAACUCAAAAUCAAUUACCCAAACAAUAUAAAAUUAUGUACCUUCCAGUGAUCAAAUAUUGAGCUAUCUUGAGAAUUAAAAGUUAUCAGGUGCAUAAGGUACAUUAGAAAUUCUUAGUAAAUUUUUUGUGGAAUAUGGUAUCCAUGAAGUUGUAAGUUGGCAGAUACAUCAAAAAUCCAAAGAAAAUUGAGGUCAACAAGGGCUUAAGAAGUCAGGAGUAUUUUCCUGAGCUACAAGAAACUUAAGCUAGGCUUUGAAAUGUAUUUAUGUUUUGUCUUCUUUCAUGACUCAGAAGAAUUUCACAAAAUAAAUGGGAAUAAAAGCAGCAUGCAUUGUGACAUUACUAUAUACCAGAUGCAAACAUUGUGAAAAUUACCUUCCUUCUUUGAACAUAUAAACACUAGUGCACAUUGUAUAAUUUACGAGACUGUAGAUAAGAUAAAUCAAGAAAAACAACUCAUAAGCACAGAUACUUGCUUUCAAACUCAGGUCUGUCUGAAAAUAGUCUCCGGUUGUACUACUAUAGUAUAUUGACUGUCAGGAAGAAAAAUAAACAGAACCAGAAAACUGAAUUUAAGUUACACUGGCACCAGAUAAAAAAGAAUUUGAAAUAGGUGGUUUGGGGACAAAAUUUAUGAGUUUUUCCAAAUUCUGGGGGAGGGGGCGGUGGUAAAAUCAGAAAUAGAUUUUACUGUUAAAACAAAAAUCAGCCACAAAUGAGCAAAGUGUUUUUCUCAGUUACAUUCUGAAGCCAAAGAAAGUCUUUUUAAGAUCACUGUAUCCUUUGACUUUUAUUGAACCUCCUGUUUUGAAGUUCCUGACACUGGAGGAGGACUAGGAAGUUUAAGACAACGUAAUUUGUUUUCCUAUAAUGCAUGUUUUGUCUUAGCUCGGUAAGAAUUUUGGGAAACAUUGUUUAUACAAGUGCUUAAGCCGCAGCAUGGUGGUAACUCUGAACAUUAAAAAUAGCUUUUGUAUGGAACUGAUUGUACAAGACACUUUAGAAAUAAGUUCAUUAAGCUUUUCUCAAAGAUGCAUAAGGUAAUGAAUAACUAAUUCAGAUAACUGACAUUGUUUUCCAAUUAUGGAAGAUUCGUUUUUUAAACAGAGAGCCCGACUGUAUUUUUUAAAAACAGAAACAUGGUGUAGUAUUUUGGUCUCGAAUUUUUUUAUAUUUUCUUUUAUCAUUUUAUGUGUAUGAGUAUUUUGCCUGAAUGUAUGUCUGUGCACCACAUUUGUGCCUGGUGCACAAGGAUACAGUGAGCCCUCCAAAUGUGUGCUGGGAAUGGAACUAAGGUCCUAUGAACAACAAGUGCUCUUAAACACUGAAAAAAAAUCUCCCGUAAAUGUUUUUCAGUAGUAUUUUUUCCAGAGUGUUGAGAAGAGAAAGAUAAUUAAGUAUAGAUAAACAUGCCAGAUUAUACUACAAAUUGAUGGAAAUUAGACCAUGAACUUGUCAAAAAAAAUCCUUAUAUCCAAUGUGGAAAAGAAAAAAUGAAAAGAUCUCACAUGGCCCAGGCUAACCUUGUCAUAGCUAUGUAAAGGAUGAUGAACUUUAACUCCUGAUUCUCCUGCCUGAACCUCCCAACGUUGGGACUGUAAACAGAAACCACCAUGCAAAGGCUUUUCCUAAGGAAGGAACAUAAUGGCACAAGUUGGGAAGUAACUGCACAAACAGUAUGACAGUUAAGUGCACUGAUCUGCAAAUGCCGUUUCAGCACACCCUCUUGGCAACCACCUAUAUAUUUGGACAGGAGCCAUAACUCUAUAGGUCAACUUGAUGAACAUACUGAGAUGUUCAAGAUGGGCAGCAAUAGUACCAGCACUGCUGAGAGUAAUUGCAAUGUCACACAUCUGACAUUUCAGUACUCUCUGUAUGCAACCACCUAUAUCUUCAUAUUCAUCCCUGGUCUCCUGGCUAACAGUGCAGCCCUGUGGGUUCUGUGCCGCUUCAUCAGCAAGAAGAAUAAGGCCAUCAUUUUCAUGAUCAACCUCUCAGUGGCAGAUCUUGCUCAUGUCCUGUCCUUACCUCUCCGGAUUUACUAUUAUAUCAACCGUCACUGGCCAUUCCAGAGGGCUCUUUGCCUGCUCUGCUUCUAUCUGAAAUAUCUCAACAUGUAUGCCAGCAUUUUUUUCUUGACAUGCAUCAGCCUUCAGAGAUGCCUCUUUCUCCUCAAGCCAUUCAGAGCCAGAAACUGGAAGCGUAGGUAUGACGUGGGCAUCAGUGUUGCCAUCUGGGUCGUCGUGGGGACUGCCUGUUUGCCACUCCCCAUCCUGAGAAGUGCGGGUCUAGCCAACAACAGCGAAUCCUGCUUUGCUGAUUUAGGGCUUCAUGACAUUAGUAUGGCUUCCUCCAUAGGCAUGGUAACGGCUGCUGAACUUGGAGGGUUUGUAUUGCCUGUUGUAAUUAUUACAUAUUGCACAUGGAAAACAAGAAAAUCUCUACAGGAAUUCCAUGAUCCACCCCAGAAUAUUAAAGAGAGAAAAAAGGCUUUGAGGAUGGUCCUAAUGUGUGCAGUGGUAUUCAUAGUGUGCUUCACGCCGUACCAUCUCAACUUCCCGUUUUUUAUGAUGGUGAAGCAACACGUCUUCUCCAACUGUUCUUUUAUUAAAAGUACUCUGUGUUUCCACAUAAUUUCCCUGUGUCUUGCAAAUCUGAAUUGUUGUCUUGAUCCAGUUGUGUAUUAUUUUAUGACUUCAGAAUUUCGUGAUCAAUUUUCAGAGCAUGGUAGUUUGUUCAUCCAGUCAUGUGUGAGAUGUAAGGACAGUACUUUGGAAAUUCAUCAGAGGAAGGAGAAUCUUCAGACCAUCUCUCUUGAAUGUUUGGAUGUUCCAACACAAUGUGAUGAAAUAAUUAUCUAGAAUACCCUUUCUACUCUGUCAGGUUAGUCAUGCCAUUCACAGUGAUACUGAGUGUUGGGAAGAAACAUCCACUUCACUCAAAUAAUCUGUCUACAGGAGUUCUCUAUGCCAAUAUCAUCCGUGGCCCUUCUGAGAAAAAAAUCUUUCUCUUCCCACAACGUGCUGCUCAACAGAAAGAGUCUCACACCUAUUCCUCAGUAAUGGGACCAAUCUUCUCAUCUUCAUCUUAAUAAAAAUAUAUUAAAAAGUACUGGGCAUGUACAAGUUAUCUAAACAUUAGCAAGUCUACAUCAGAAUAUGACCCUAACUUUAGAAAGCAUACACUACUUGUGCUAAUUGGAUGACUUUUUAUAUUGAUAUGAAUUAUGGAAAUUAACAACAUUAUAACUUAAAAUGUCUGUAAGAUUUUUUUCUCACCUUAAAAAAUUAUUUCAGAUGAGUCUCUCAAAAUUACCAUGGAAACCAAAAUGCAAACACCUUAAAUAGAAUUGUGCUCUGCAUAUUUAACAAACUGGAGAUUAAAAACUUAAAAUGAAACCUUUUUGCCUAAAUGUCUGUGGGUUUGUAAUGUUUUGCAUAGUUUUUGUUUACUGGCACUAAUUGGGAAAUAUUCUCAUUUAUUUGUUUAUUAAAAUCAGCUGUGUCAUUCUCCAGUUAGAUUGAUUGCUUCACGUGUAACUUCAGACACAACUUCAUUUGAUACAUUUAAAUCAACAGAUUAAAGAAGAAUCACAAAAUACAUACAGUUUCAUUCUGCUAAGGUUAAGUUGUGCCUAAGUUUUAUUAAGCAAAAUACUCCAAUGAGCUGAAUUGAUUCAUAUCAUUAAUGCAGAACAAGCAUUGCCAUUUUUAAAAAUCCCUGUUGUUGCAUUGUUACUAAUAUAAAUCUUUCCCACUGGAAAUUUUGAAGCCAACCAUUUUCAAAUAUUGGGUAUCAUUAAAGUGAAAUUUUAUAAAGCAAUGGUUAGUCUCAGAAAAUUUCUAUUUUUGUCUUGUCUCUAUGUUUUGAAUAGCCUUUAACCUUUUUAUUACAUUUUUGAGUUAGCAUAUAAGGGAGUGGAUUUCUUGUGAUAUUUUCAUAUGUAUACAUCACCGUACUUUCUUAUUUACUCCCCCAGCCUUCUCUUGAUUGCCCUCCAAUUCUUGUUGGUGACCUUUCUUUCUCCUGCAUUCUCCUUUCUGCAUUCUUGAUCCAAAUGUUCUUUUAUCUCUUGUAUUUGAUUACUCCCUUAUUGUAUGUUGCAUGUGUCCCUUUAUAUCUUUCAUUUCCCUCUCUACUUUCAUGUUUCACAUAGAUAUUAUAUAUGUAUAUACAUAUAUAUAAUGUGAUCAAAAUUUUGUUAUUUGUCCGGUUAUUUCUUUAUAGUUUAAUAAAAUUCCAUUGUUUAUAAUAGUACAUUUUGUUGGUCCAUUCAUUAAUUGAUGGAUAUCAAAGAUAUAGACAGGAUCUAUGUCUUUGCUAUUGUAAAUAGUUCAGCAAUAAACACACAUGUUAAAAUAUCUUUCUAACAUGAUUUCUCACAACCUCAAAAUACAGUAGAUCAUUGGAUCUUGUUUUUAAAUUGAGUAAGCUAAUCUCUUCUUUUUUUAAAAAAAAGACUGAUUUUAUUUGAAUUACAAGAAAAUACACAUUUUCUAUUCUAUCCAAAGAUACCCAUUUUAGCCCACACAUAAAACUGUAAAUACGUACAGCAUGAAAUCAUGACCAGCACCACUGCUUCCAUGAAUUCCUUCAGACAACUUUAUGAAAGGAGCUCAAUGGAACGAGUGAAUGGAGAGACAGCAGAGUGCUGCCCUGGACUGAAGUCAAUACCCACACUGAACAAAACUCCUUUAAUGGCAGAUAUUCCCCAUGCUUUUUUUUAAAAAGAUUUAGCAGCACAACAGUAUUUAAGAUUCGCAGGAUCUGUUUUCAGAUACUGAAUUCUGGGACCUUACUGGGCAUCUAAAGAUUUAUCGACAUCCUCCUGGUCACUCCUAUUCAUUUUCGUUGCAACUUAAGCUUACAAGUUUUUCAUUACUCAACCAAACUGUAUAUUCACGUCGCUUAGACCUUAGGAUCGAGUUUUUCAACCACCGUAGAUCUAUAGAGCAGUGGGAUAAACAUCUCAGGUAUGACUCAGGUACUUGUAGAAGACAAUUUACUGUCUAGUUAUUUUCUUAAAAAAAGGUAGGAAAUGUGACUCUUUUAUUACUAUUAUUUGCAUGUAUAAGUUAUAAUAAUAGCCCAAGUACUCUUUACAGCCAAUUUUCCAUAAAUAUUAAAUUACCAAAAGCAACGGUAUUUGCUAAGUUUUCAAAAUGAUCCUUAGAGUUUUAUAUCAUUUAGUAGAAAAAUAAACCAGGCAACCACAUUUAUUAAUUUAGGCAAUGUUUCCCAAUAAAAAUUUAGGAAUAUUUAAAUUUACAUAUUACAGUGAACCAACACAAGGUCAAAAUCCACAAUUACACAUUCAUAAAAAAAUCUCAACAUCAUCUUCAGGACAAGCAGUUUCUAUACAGGAUUUACAGACAUCUAAGCACUCUGAGUCUUCAGUGUGCGACGGAGUUCAGAGGUUCUGCUCGGAUGUUCCCCAAGUCAAGCGCACAGUCCGUCUCCUCAUCAAUUUCUCCAAUGACCGCUACGUUGUCACCUCUCACAAUGUAUAAUCCUAAUACGACUUGUUCGACUCCUUGCGAAGAACUGAACACCCUCUCGUGGCUUUCGUCCAAAAUCAAAUUAAUGGUCUGGUCAAAACCUUUUAAUGUUCCC